AUGAUUCAAGAUUUAAAGACAAAUGAUGAAGCCACGUGCAUUUCAGACGCUGCAAUAGGUGCCAGUACGAUUACAAUAUUCUUGAAGGCAAUUGAAAAAUAUUGUCCAAAUAUAACUGAGAUACAUCACGACAAACAAACUUAUGAAGGGAGACUUUUGUAUGAAGUACUUAUAACAAAUUCUCAAGAAAAUGGCACAGAGGAUGAUCGCCCUGUGAUCCUGAUAGACGCUGGCCAAGAAGCAGGCACAGAUUCCGUUGGAUUUGCUUUAUUCUUGAUAGAACAACUUGUAUCCUGCGAAGAAAAUGAUGAUAUGAUCACCAAUGUUCGUUGGAAUAGAGUACAGUGGAGGAAAAAUUUGAGUCCAUUCGAAAACGGCAUCGGCUAUGGCGUGGACAUCAGCAGGAACUUUGAGGGUGAAUGGAAAGCUUGCCCAUCAGCACAGAGUCCUUUCUCCUCAACUUACCCCGGUCCGUCGGCCGGUUCAGAAAACGAAACACAAUUCAUCCAAGAAGUUCUUACGAAAUAUAGAAAGGACGCUAAGAUGUACAUUUCGUUGAGGAGAGAUGGACAUUCCCUGAACUAUCCGUACGGUUAUGAAUCUUCAUUCGCUGUGUCCAGACCAAAACUGGAGAAAGUUGCGACCAUGGUCGCUGCGAAAGUGAACCAAAGAGCCGGGUCGGUCCACCUAUUCACAAAUCAGAGCAUAUUUGAUUUAAAUGGAAAAGCUUACUGCGGUCACAGUGUCGACUAUGCUCACCAGCAGUUGUCUAUACCGUAUGCUUUCGAAAUGCGCGUGUUUCUGGGUUCAGAAAAUGUAAUGUUGUCUAAAUUUCAAACUUUGCCAAAAGGGUAUGAAACAAAUUUAAGAAACGGCUACUACAGUGGUAUUAGAGAAUUGUAUAAUAUUCUCAUCAAAAAUAACCAAUACAGAUUUUUCUGA